AGCCUCGAAGACGAAAUAGCUUCGGUGCUUCUCAGCAGACGCACUGCUGCUGAAUUUUACUCUGCGGGCUCUCCGCCUCCCUGCAGUGUGCCAGAACCGCCACUAGAGGCUACUGUGACCACAUGUUCAGCUGCUGCCGCUCCCACUGCUGUCUGCGGUUCAUCUUUGUCUCAUCCCGUUUCUGCACUCUCUGCCACUGAGGUCAGUGUGCCGCAAACCGAAGCAGCUUCAGCUGAUAACGCGAGCUCUGAAACCAAAGAACCUGCAAAGACCACCGAAGUUGAAAUCGAGGAAACUGUUGUCAUCCAAGAAGUUUCCAGAGCCCCCAAACCCGGGGUCGUCACGGUUACGGCCGACCCUACUGCCGCCCCGCCCGCCGAGCAUGAACCUCAGGACCAGAAAGUGAAGGUCGAAGAGGAAGCGGCGCUGGCGGAGGUGGAGGAUGUAAGCCCCAUGAAGCCGGAGAAGGCGUCCUCUGACAGCGAGAGCGAGGAGGAAGCAGAGUACCAUCCAAACGUUCCUGCAUCCAUCUCUCAAUCACAAAUACCAGAGGAGAAGGAAGAAGAAGAGCAGAUGAAGGAGGAGGAAGAGGAACAGCAGCAAGCAUCUGCUCCGGUUGUCCCAUCUCUUCCGGCGGAGGUCAGCCAGCCUGCAGAAGAAACGAGUCAAGAAGAAGAAGAAGAAGAAUCUAAGAAGGAGGAGAUGGAGGUUGAGGAGAAGAAAGACGACCAGGAGGAGAAAGAAAGCGGACGGGAGACGGAGGACAGCACCGACGAUCCGAUGGUGACCCCCGAAGAGGCGCCGGAGGGCCUCAUGGUGCCCGAGGAGAGCGCCGAGGCCGGCCCCACCGAGGACCUGGAGCAGCCUAAAAUGAACGGAGAAGCCUCGCUGGUGGAAGUGGAUCCCCGGCCGCAGGUUAUUUGUUGCUCUGAGCCGCCUGUGGUAAAAACAGAAAUGGUGACUAUAUCAGACACGUUUGCCGCCCAGAAAACUGAGAUAGCCACAAAAGAAGUGCCCAUCGUGCACACGGAAACCAAGACCAUCACAUACGAGGCCGCACAGUUGGAUGGUAAUAGUGAUGGUGAACCCGGAGUGUUGAUGACCGCUCAGACGAUCACCUCUGAGUCUUUGUGCACCACCACCACCACGCACAUUACCAAGACAUUAAAAGGCGGGCUCUCGGAGACGAGGAUUGAGAAGCGCAUCGUGAUCACCGGCGACUGCGACAUCGACCACGACCAGGCACUGGCACAGGCCAUUAAGGAGGCCAAAGAGCAACAUCCUGACAUGUCUGUUACCAGAGUGGUUGUUCAUAAAGAAACUGAACUGGCUGAGGAGGAGGAUUGACUGAACUCAGAACUGAAAGACCAGCAGUGACCCUUACCUCUUCUGACAACAUCUUCAUCACUUUACAACAACCAACCUGCACUGCCAAAGGGAAAGAGGAAGAGGAGGAGCUCAAGAAUGGGAUGAAGAAAAGGUUCAAUCCAGGGCGGAUGGGAGGAUUGAAGAUGUCACUCUCAUCCCAGAUGGUCUUUCAGACAUUUGUUUUGGUGCAUUUCAGUUUCUCGUUGCAAAAAGAGAAAAAAAAAAUAUCCUCACUCUCUCUGAGGGAACAAAAAGAACCACUUUGUUAGCUUAACGUUUGUAGCUUCUAUCCUUUUAUAUUAGAGCGUUUUCUUUACCCGGUUUAUAAAAA